AUAUAGUCCCGAGGAAAAGAUAGCGUUUGAUGAGGGGACCUGUCCUUUCAAGGGAAAAAUUUUAUUCCGCGUAUACAACCCUUCUAAGCCAAAUAAGUUUGGCAUAAAACUGUAUCAAUGCUGUGAAAGUUCCAGUGGGUAUAUACUCAGUUUUGAUAUAUAUGACGGUACGCCUGGCUGUGCAAUGUAUGCAGAACUGGUUGAUGCUAACCCUGAUCUUACACAAACUACCAAAGUCGUUGUUGGACUUUUGGCUCGGAGUGGUCUUUUGGACAAAGGCCACAAGGUCUAUCUAGAUAACUACUAUAAUUCGCCAGAGCUUGCAUCGGAACUCGAUGCCCAUGAUACAUAUAUGUGUGGGACUGUACGUUCUAAUAGGAAAAAUAUGCCAAAAGUAUUUCCUCAAAUAAAAUUGAGGCCAGGUGAAUCAGUCUUUAGGAGAUGUGGUAAUAUUUUAGUAAUCAAAUUCCAUGAAAAGAGAGAUGUACAUAUGAUAAGUACCAUCCAUGAAGCUACUUACACUGUUUUGGACAAACGUAGACAUGGUGAUGAUCUUGUCAAGCCGACGUCAGUGGUCGAUUACUGUCAGAACAUGGGAGGUAUAGACUUAUCAGAUCAACUCUUACAAUACUAUGAAGCUUUGAGGAGAACAGUAAAAUGGUGGAAGAAAUUAUUCUUCCAUAUGCUAAACAUGCUUGUUUUGAAUUCCUACAAACUUUUUCUGAAAUAUGGGAAUCGUAAUGGAGCAACAAGGCGUUCACAUCAACAGUUUCGAUCCAAAUUAGUUCGAGCUCUCAUUCAGUCAGCAGAGAAUGCACCUAGACCUAAAGAAUCCAUUGGUAGGAAGCUUGCUGAACCAUUAGACAGGUUACUGGGAACCCAUCACUUGCCAAUAUACAUACCAGCCAAGAUAGGAGCCAAAAGAAAACACCCUCAGAGAGACUGUGUAGCUUGCAACCAGAGUGCGAAAAAACGUGACGGACACAAAAGACAGCAAAGUAUAUACAUGUGUGAGAAAUGCAAUGUUGUUCUGUGUAUUCCUGACUGCUUUAGGAUUUAUCAUUCCUAUAAAGAUUAUAAAAGAAUCCUACAGAAUAAUAGUAAUGAUGCAAGUUCUGUUAGUGAUGAUGACUAAAUACAUGCGACUGUUUCAGGGUGACUGUCGGUAACUGCUUACCUGUAACUGUUGUAUCCAUGGUAACUGAUAUAAUCUGUGGUUGAUGAUAUGCCAAAAGAGAUAAAAAACAAACUGGGUGCUCUUUAGAAUUUAUAUUAUUGAUUCACUAUCAUAGUUUUCCAUUUUACAAAUCCAAUUUGACAUAUUUCAUAUAACAUAAAUACAAGAAUGGACGGCAAUUUAUUGAACAUUACUUGCAUAUAUAAUAGGUUCUAAUCCACAGGUAGAUAUUUAUAAAUGCCAGUUUUAUGAAAUAUUUCUCUUCCAGGGAUUUCUUUUUUAUCAAUUUGUUGUAACAAAAUCCAAAAGGAAGUGUUUCAUGCUAUUGAAACACCUUUAUAUUACAUUUUCAAUGUUUUUUAUCUUUACCUGUAAUUAUCACCUGUAAUUUUACCUGUGAAGUAAACAAAUACAUUUUUUUACCGGACCAUAAUUUUCCUUGUUCAAUGUACAUACACCUAGAUAUAAGUUUAUUGAAUAUAUCUUCAAAAAUGAGUGAUCUAUGACAUAUCAAGUAUGAUUGGUGUGUUCUUAGAAUUUAGACAAUGGAAACUCAGCAUCUGUGCAUAUUGCAUAUAAUUACAUAGGCAGCAUGAGAAGGGUUAAA